GCCUCCGUUGCCAGACAAACCGCCUCGGAUCGUGACUCCUCUUCCCUUCUUCUGCCAGCCUGCUUGUCUGGUGCUUUAUUUAUUUUUGGCUGUUAUCUGUGCCUUGCCAUUUACUCCGGAUUCGCCUGCUGGUCGCGUGUCUAGUCCUUCCGGUCUUUCCUCAUGAGUCCAGUCACCCGGUUCAACUUCGCCUCCCACAGUAUCAGCGUCCACGUUUGACUGGUCAGCGGGACGAGGUAUCUCUAAUCAGACGCCAUGGCGAUAUGGCCGUUUGGUCGUAAGAACAAGCGGCACACGAUCCAGCUGGAUGCACCUGCCGUGGCCGACAUCCAGUCGUCGCAGGAACCUCGCCACAGCUUCGAUGACAGCAAGCUAAGCAGGAAACUGUCUCGCAAGCACUCCAAACGUCAAAAGAACAGACACGCCCAGCCAGUUGAAGUUAUCCCGAGCUCCUUGCGCGAUGUUUCCCACCCGACGUCCUCUCGAGUUGCUCAAUACCUUCCACCUACGUCACAUAGUGAGCAGCCGACCCCGAUGAAAGAAAACCGCCUCCCGGUCUCCCGAGCAGGCCAGCAUUCCGACGCCUACACUACAUAUUCCAAUAUGAGCCACGACCAGCCUUCUUUGUCUCGGUCUGCAUCACUGUUGAGGUCCAAGCGCAACGAUACCGGGCCGGCAGUUUUGAAGAAAAAGUUGAGCAAGCGGAAGGCUUACGAGAUUGCCAGGGAGCGGGAAAUUCGGAUGCUUGCCUCUUCUCCGAUAGAUAUUCCUCGCCGUCCGUCUCCGUUGCCCGCGGAACAGUUCUCCAUCGAGACGCGCAGGGGUGCCAGAGCCCAGAGUCGGCGCUCAGAUCGGCACUGUUCUGACGGUAGUCUCUCGAUGCGUGACUCGGCUGCAUCCUCCCUCUCGGACAUCUUCGAAUCAUAUACCUUUAAGGUUAACACGUUCGCUGCGUGGACACCGCGUCCGGUCAUACGCUAUGUGGAAGCUCCUCGGGUGUCAACUGCGAAGAGUCAAAGGCCGCCCGAGGCUUCAUUUCGGAGGGAUAAAACACCGACCUUCGCCACUCACGACGAGAAUAUACAUUCUAAAAAGAGAGUGGAUAGAUUGGCCGAUGACUUAGAUGCGGGUGCUCUCCGGGAGUUGCUAGAAAGGGACCGCCGGCGCAGGGAGAGGAAGCAGCUCGAAGACCAAGAGAAACUACACCGGAAACUACAGCAGGCUGCUGAGCAACAACGACAAACAGAAGCAGACGCAGAAGCAGGUGUUGAUACUGUUCCCCAGAAUCUGCCCGGUGAGACUGAAGAGCAAUCUGUAGCUCAACGUGGGCGGCCUGGUGCUGAGAGCUGCGCUACAUCUGACCGGUUAGACGAACACACUCCCCGGACAAACGAAACCAAUGCCUUCCUAGGCGGAGAGUCUUCGGGAUCUUGGUUGAGAGAGGCUUCUAAAGACACCGAACGAGGUGGUCGCCAGUCCAUGGAGAGCGUUCACGUCCUCGGCAACAUUGACGAUAGCUCUAUUCGGGAACCAAAGCUUGUCAUGCGCCGUAGCUUUGCCCCGUCGCAAGACAUGGGCAUGUCCGGCAGCAGCCUCUCUCAUUCACCAUCUAGACGUGAACUCUACAGUCCAACUUCUUCGCAGCUCUAUGGUAUUGGCCGAGAAUCCACAUCCGAUGUAUCGCGAACCAUCGACUCGGAUCGGCGCUUGUCCGACCAUAGCAGUGGACGUGUCAACACAAUUACUUCCAUCUUCCGACGCGGCAGCUCACGUCUCAAGCGGAGCUAUCGUGAACGUUUCCAUGAACGUAGUCCCGAACAUUCGAACCCGUCCCAUGAAUCUUUCUUCAAGGUUCAGACACAGUCGUCAGGUCCGCCUCCGUCGUUCGUUACUCCACGGACAUUCCUUGGAUCAGGUACCAUCAAGCGGUCGCAGUCGAAGUUCACCGAGCAUUUCGGCGAUGAGCCCCUGUCUCCACCGGACUCACGUCUUCAAUCUCCCGAUAUUCCGGAAGUGGUGGACGAAUUUGAAAGAGAGAAUGAGAUGUCCGAUAUCAAUAUGGGGACUCAAUAUCCCAUCCCCAGUUCUGGGUCGGAGGCGCAGGAUAUUCCGAAAAACCGUCACCAUUCUUGGACGGGCGACAGCUGGGAAGGUGACCCAGACAAUCUUCCUCUGUCCCAGUCCUUAGCAUCCGUCGACUCCGAAGGGUCAUGGAUGUCGGGGCAAUUUCUGCGCCGCAUAUCUCAGAAAAAGGCAAGCAACCCACUACGCACCAGUCUUAACUCGUCACGAAACAUCGUGGAAGAAGGGCGCGAGAGUUCCUCCAAAGGCGAUGAGAACCCCACCAGCGAACCGCUCGUCAGAUUCGGAACCCAUCAGGAUGAUUCACCGAAAGCUGGCACUGAUAUAACCGGCCCACAGCCAGACAAGGAUACGAACAUGGACAGAGUACCAGAGCAAACCGAGGAAGCCUGGCACGAUCACAUUGCAAGGAGACCUGUACUCGUGACUCCAGCAAUCCGUCCGAAGUCUAACGAAGGACUUCUUAGAAAUGUCCAGUCGUUCUGUGCCGAUGAGGAAUUCAGCCCCAUCGAAGAGCAUUCUGCCGAAUUUGAGUUUGAAACGCAUGAUGACACGAAAGCGGGCAGCCGAACAGAGUCAGGCGGCCAAUAGACCCAUUUCCGCGCAAGGUUGCUUUGAUCACAACUGUGACGGCCUUGAUUCGAUGAGAAGCCUUUAUCUGUGUUGAGAUCUCUCGAUGUCAUCACGUGCAGUUAUUUAAUAUUUUUUUUUUUUUAGUAUAUACCCCAGU